CAACUACCCACUUCCCAGCGCCGACUCCUGGCAAUGGCAGACACAGGAAAAGUUCAUCGCCGCAGAUCAUCAAACUUCAUAAUAACCCAUGACACAACAAGCUGUAGUGUCGCGAUGCGAUAGGCAUUACGCAUCUGUCAUUCCAAUCCUGCACACAUUUGUAUCGUCAUGGUGCACUCGGAAGCCACCGAAUCCAGAGACUUUAUCACUCAUAACGCACCCCGACGGCCCACUGUCAAACAAUAGUGACCUUUCUAAAAGCCAUCUGAAAAUUUUACAUUGGCAGUACAUACUACCUUGCAUAACUGAACUGGAUGCGCUUCAAGUUGCAGACAGGUACUCAAAUAUGUCUCCUACUACUGAUGCACACUGUCCAAAGGGUAGCUGGACUCAACUUCACUCAAUGUCUAAUUGACAUCGUGACGAAUGCGAACGCUACACAAAGUUUCGCUGGUUUACUCGAUGGCAACGGAUAUCCCGUAUCUAAUGUUUCUGAUGCGACAGCGAUAAGCUACUCGCUGUGCACCUCAGUCUGUGGGACCGGACGGGAACCUUUUCAGUGGCCCGUAUUUUCGCAAGAUUUCAGUACAUGGUUACUGCCAAAUCUUGCACUGAUCUCGCAGCUCCCUUUUGGGGCACAGUACAGGCUCGACAAUCUCAUGUCUGCUGUGUUAACUGUUGGGUCACCGGUACUCGCUGGUUACUCUUUAUUCAUCACCCUCCUCAAUUCUCGCUGGAUCAACCGCCGAUUUAAUCAAUCGGUGGACUAUCCCAAUUCAGAUUUCGCAGUCUCUAUCUUGAGCAGCCUUCAGCAAGUUCCGCUAAGACUCCAUCCCGGUCGUUUCCCCUCUCUUAUCGUCCUGCCUGAAAAUGGCUGCUGGUGGAAAUGGUUCUCUGAAUUUGUGGACUACACACACACAUGGUCAAUCGCAUCCGCGACCUCCGUCGCCUGGGUCGUUGUCGCCUAUAUCAUGAAUGUAAUCAACUCACCAGCAGAUGUCUAUACAAGUUCUCAUUCCGACGGCGACGCCACUGGUUCACUGUGGCUGUGGUUGAUCCCAAUAGUCGUUGGAUGGUUGCAACUCUCCCCCAAAUGUGAUUUUCGUCGCUUACAAGCGGCUUAUAGCCAUGCAGACAAGCAUGCACACAUAGGGCCAGCAGGUGCUCAUAUGGGAACGCCAAGUGCAUCCGCCCGAAGAGCUUUAACAAUAACUGCUCGGGAGAAGGAUGUGAUGUCUCCAGACGAGCUCCUUACCCCUCCAGUGUUUAAUUACUCACGUUCGUUGCGAUGGGCAUCAACAGCUGACACUGUCUUCCUGAUGUUCGAGAUGGCAUCAGAGAAGGCUCAAAACCGCAUUCCCGUUACUUUGGGGAGUGAUUGGGUUGAGUCCGACACCUCUGAUACCAUCCACCCCAGCAAUCGAUGUGGGUCACCCAGGGAUAUCGUCGCGUACUGCACUGAGCCCCACGGUGUACGUCGCAGCCAUUGGGCACCCGGUGUGUUCACAAGAAUGGCCAUCGCUUCGUGUGCUUCGCUUGUAUUACAGUGGGGAACGGUCGGGGCAGCGUUCAUGAUGGCAUGGUUCACCCCUACUACACGCAUGGGGUGUCGAUCUCUGAGUUACCUCCUUUUUGGAGUCACAUCGACCUUAAUUUGGAUGCUGCUCCUGAUGUCUAGUAUCCUCGCGCACUACUCUGCGGGUUAUUCCCAUCGAAGGGUACUGUCUGCUCGCGUUGCUUUGGUGCUGUCGCACUGGCUGCGAUGGGCGGGCAAAGCAUUAGCAGUUGCAAACUCCAUAUGGCUGGUGUUGGCGUGCGCUUUCGUGUAUUCCAGCUUCUACAAUACAUGCUUCUGCAACUCUAGCGUGGUCAGUAGGGGAGAGGCCGCAUACAAUGUGAUCAUCGAAACCGCAGCCCAAGCUGCAGAGCUUAGGGUUGCCUGGAUCGGUGGUCUUAUCGUGGCAUGUACCUCAUCGUUAUUCUUCCUUGGUCUCAUGAACCUUUUAUUGGAUACAGUUCUGUCGUAGGAACAUUUCUUGUGCGCAGAUUGUGUACUUUAUUUCCUAUUUUUCUUGAUUUGUUUAAUGGAAGGGCUAGUUGAAGGGGAUCUUGUCCGACGUUGCAUGUCAUGUUCGUACCGCACAUGAACGUUAACUGUGUUGCAUCAUCCUCAGCUGUCUGAGUCGCGGUGCUAGCCCAGAAACCUCCUGGACCCUCGUAGUGCCUGUCGUCGUCAUGAUGUUUGUUAGCCCUGGUGUUAUCAUGAUGCACAGCAUAGUACUCGAUUCCCGCUUGAGCAAC